UUUUCAGGGUGGGCUGUGACAGCCUGCAAGCAAAUUUUUGUUCAACAAUGCAGAUGAGAUGUAUUUUUGAGCCUAUGUGAGACAUGCUAAGUUGCACUUCUGUUGACAUCAAGUGUGGAUGAAAUGAAUGAAGACAAAGCAGAGUUCCACAUCUGAGUAGGAACUGCAGAUAAAAAGGAGUGAAAUUGUUGCUGUCUUCCCCUUAAAAAUAAAAAUGAGCUUUUUUGGAUUUGGACAAAAUGCUGACAUUGACAUCAUCCUUGAUGGAGCAGAGUCUCGUCGUAUGGCUGAGAUCCGUGGAGAAGAUGGACGAAAACUCAGACACUAUCUUUACUAUGAUGGUGAAACAGUGUCUGGCAAGGUGAACAUUACGCUGAAGAAACCAGGAGCCAAGUUGGAGCACCAGGGCAUGAAGAUAGAAUUUAUUGGCCAGAUUGAAUUGUUCUAUGAUCGAGGCAAUCAUCAUGAAUUCACUUCACUAGUCAAAGAACUUGUUCGCCCUGGGGAAUUGACACAGAACACCAGCUAUAGCUUUGAGUUCAACAAUGUUGAAAAGCCCUACGAGUCAUAUACUGGGGCCAAUGUCCGGCUGAGGUACUUCCUUCGGGUUACAAUAGUGCGCCGUCUGACUGAUAUUGUCCGAGAGAUGGAUCUGAUCGUGCAUGCCCUGUCUUCAUAUCCAGAAAUGAACAAUCCUAUCAAAAUGGAAGUUGGCAUUGAGGACUGCCUACACAUUGAAUUUGAAUACAACAAAUCAAAGUAUCACCUACGAGAUGUCAUAGUGGGGAAAAUAUACUUCCUUCUGGUUCGAAUAAAAAUCAAGCAUAUGGAGAUUGCAAUUAUCAAGCGAGAGAUAACUGGAUCAGGACCCAACACUUUCAACGAAAAUGAAACAAUAGCCAAGUAUGAGAUAAUGGAUGGAGCUCCUGUUCGUGGAGAGAGCAUUCCCAUCCGUCUCUUCCUGGCUGGUUAUGAAGUCACGCCUACCAUGAGAGACAUUAACAAGAAAUUCAGCGUGAGAUAUUAUCUCAACCUCGUCCUUGUUGACGAGGAGGAGCGGCGAUAUUUCAAGCAACAGGAGAUAACCCUAUGGAGAAAGGGAGAGCUGGUGCGAAAACCAAUCCAGCAAGCAAAUGCAGUAAUGAGCACAGCGCAAGCAGCACCUCAGGUAGCCAAAGUGAAACCUGAACUGAAGUUAGACCCAGACUCGCUGCCUGAGGAGCAGGGGAAAGGAGAUACAGCAGUGAUUGCAGACAGUGUCAAGGCUCCAACCCCUCCUUCCAAUGACAAUCCAACUGAGAGCCCUGUUGCUUGAGGUCAAUGGAGACCACUUGGGUGCAAUCCAAUGUGUUACUCAUUACUCAGUCACCUUCAUCCCAGUUUGCAUGCUUGCAACUUUUGGCUGGUUAGUGAUGGUGAUGCUGCUAAUGAUGUUCCAGCUUCUAUUCUUUUCCUUUGUUAUCUAUUUUUUUUUUUUUGAGGUUGCUUUGUGAAUCAAGUCUCCCCCCUCUUGAAGGAAGUGGCCAUGGAACUAUUGUGAUUGGUCAGAAGACUGUUUAUUCAUAAAUUCCUUUUAUCCUUUCAUUUAUGGAUUGGUGGUAUUUUAUGGUUGAUUGUUCAAGUAUAUUACAUUUGCCAGGUCAGAAAAAUAAGCAGUCUCAGCAGCUGAAUCUCUGAAAUUUAGCAUGUUAAAAUCCAUAAAUUCAGCAGGAAAACAGGUGAAUAUGAAUCUGCUGAAUAAUCAGAUUUUGGGCACUUACUUUAGAUAGAUUUUGUUUAAGUGCAUAGAGACUGCACAUUAUUCAGUAAUUUAUGUUUUUUUUUUCUAUUCAGGGUGCCACUAUCCUGAACCACCAAAGCACCAUAUGAAGCAGUUAUGCUUAAACCAAAAACUACAAUAUUUUUUAAAUUAAUCUUAUCCCAAUUUAACAAUAAUGCCAUUUCUAACACUGCAUUGUAGCUGCCACUCUUCCCUUAAUGGUCUGCUGUCAGAUUGUCUAGUCGUUGGAUACAAUGUCUCUGGCCGAUCUCCUUUCUUCAGAGAUGAGAAUAUUUUUUGGAGGAACUUUCCUUUUCCCCCCCCCCCCCCUGAAGAGAUGCAAAGUAUUGUUGAUACAUGCUUUUGGAGCAACUGUGUUAUGAUAUGUGGAGA